AGUGAGUUUGAAAUGGGUCUGAUAAUCGAGCCCCUCAAAGAUAUAAAGGUUCCACUCCCUGCAUCGAUUCUACACUCGACACCCCAAGCAACACACCACCAAUCACUCUUACAUCUAGCCACCAUGAAGCUCACUUUGUCUUUUGUUAUUGCUGCCGUCGCUUUGGUACAGGUGACAGCGGCAGUGCCUGUUGUCGACAAGCGUGCCAUGAAGCCGAUCACAGGUAUGUCCCUGUGCACCUGUAGUAUCCAGCCUCAUUUUCGCGUGUUCUGCUCACUUUGUUACCAACAUAGAAGUUGAGAAGCGUGCCAUGAAGUCGUUCGCAGACCUCGUUUCUGAGGGCUCCACUGAUGCCGAAGAAGUCGAGAAGCGUAGCGAGGCCGCCUAUUAUGUCCCUGACGGGAGUGGUCAGUCCGGUGGAGUGGGAAACUAGCAGGAGUGGUUGUAGAGUUCGCGGCUUUGCGGAGGUCAGAGUAGCGUAGUCAGCCUGGUCGUUCCUGUCAUUCAAGGCGUGUCGGUAGACAUAGAUCAUCAUCUUCAAUUGAUAUCAGAGCCAUAUCUCGGAGUUGUGGUGAC